AUGGUUUCGCCAGAAAUCCGCUUUGAAAGCCCAUGGUACAAUAUUGAAGCACAGAAUACGGCACAUAAAAAUCUCAUCAUAAGACAUAAUCUUGGAGAAUAUCCAGUGUUAGUUGAUGUGCAAAUAAAAAUACAGAAAAAUGGGAAGGACUUUAUUUUUACCGGUAUUGGAUCAGCACAUAGAGAUGACGACGCAAACAAUUCUUACGGAGGAACUGUGUACAUUUACAAUAAAACUGAUAUUUUUCUUACAUUCCCGCUGAAGAACAACAAUUUUGGAACAGGAGGCCUUGCGUAUACAGACGCUGCUAACAGCUAUAAGGAAAUUAACCAUUCACUGGGCUUUUAUCCAGAUAUUGUAUCAGUCAGAACUCACCUUGGUAAUGGAUAUGUAUCUGACGCACAAGGUAUGUUGGUUUUUAUAUUUCCUUCUUAG